AAUGUUUAGAUUGAUGCGUGGGUUUGGAAUGUCGGCUUUAAUGCUUCCCUCAGGCGCAACAAUGACUACAAUGACUAACACAGCUCCCAUCCAGGUCUCCCAGCAGAAGGUUGACUCCGUCAAAACUUCCCUGAUUGUAAACAACAACAAUAACAAUAAACAAGAGCACUACCACAUAUUUGUUGGAGACCUAAGCCCUGAGAUUGAGACCCAGACCUUAAAAGAGGCUUUCCUACCUUUUGGGGAUAUCUCUGAUUGUCGCGUUGUUCGGGAUCCCCAGACGUUGAAAUCCAAGGGCUACGGGUUCGUCAGCUUCGUCAAGAAAGUCGAGGCAGAGAACGCCAUCGCCUUGAUGAACGGACAGUGGCUUGGAUCAAGAUCUAUCCGGACCAACUGGGCCACACGUAAACCACCAGCCAAUAGAAAUGAUGUUAAUGCUAAACCCCUUAGCUUCGAUGAAGUGUACAAUCAGAGCUCACCUACUAACUGUACAGUGUACUGCGGAGGCAUAAACACAGGUACAGCUCUGGCGUAUUCAGGUCUUUCUGAAGAUCUCCUGCAGAAAACCUUUGCGCACUUUGGGAGCAUUCAGGAGAUUAGGAUUUUUAAGGACAAAGGUUAUGCUUUUGUCAGGUUUUCUACCAAAGAGUCAGCUGCACAUGCAAUUGUAGCUACACAUAACACAGAUGUAGCAGGACAUACUGUAAAAUGCAGCUGGGGGAAGGAGAGUGGAGAUCCUAAUAAUAUUCCUACAAACAGUCAGGUACUUCAGCUUGCAAUUCCCCAGCUUCUACCUGGAGCACAGUUUCCCUAUUCAUUCUCCACUGGUCAACCUAUACCUGGAUACUAUAUACCACAACCUAUAGCUGCAGCACAGUCAAGCUACUUACAGGGACUACCCGGUUAUCCCUUUGGUAACUUUGCUUCAUAUCCACAGGGAUAUAUAGGGUAGGUGUCAGUAAUAACAAAAUUGAAAUAG